UUCCUCUCUUCUCCCCUCCCUCGGUCGCUUCAUUAGGUCUCGCCCAGCUCCGCCCUUCCCAGCCCCUCCCCGGCCUCCCAAGAUGGCUACGGUGCUGCCGGGCCUGGAGCCGUGGAACCGCGUGAGAAUCCCGAAGGCGGGGAGCCGCACCGCAGUGACCGUGCAGGACCCCGACUCGGCUCUGGACCUUUGUGUUGCAGCUGUAAUUAGAGAAUGCUGUCUUGUUACACUGUCACUGAAGAGCCAGACCUUAGAUGCAGAAACAGAUGUGCUAUGCGCAGUCCUUUACAGCAAUCACAACAGAAUGGGCCGCCACAAGCCCCACUUAGCCCUCAAACAGGUUGAACAAUGUUUAAAACGUUUGAAAAACAUGGAUUUGGAGGGUUCAAUUCAACAUCUGUCUGAGUUGUUUUCUUCCAAUGAAAACCAGCCUGUAACUACCAAAGCAUGUGUCAUUCCCAGCCAACCGGUGGUUGAGCUGGUGCUCAUGAAGAUUUUGGGAGCCUGCAAGUUGUUACUUCGCUUCUUGGACUGUUGCUGCAAGACAUUUCUCUUGACUGUGAAACACCUUGGCUUGCAAGAAUUCAUUAUUUUAAACCUUGUGAUGGUCGGGCUGGUGAGCAGGUUAUGGGUUCUCUAUAAAGGUGUUUUGAAAAGGCUGACUUCUUUAUAUGAGCCAUUGUUCACAUUGCUUCAAGAGGUCUCUAGGAUUCAACCACUGCCUUACUUCAAAGAUUUUACUUUUCCUUCUGAUAUUGCUGAAUUUUUAGGACAGCCCUAUUUUGAGGUUUUUAAGAAAAAAGUGCCUACAGCUUUUGCAGCUAAAGGAGUAACUAAAUUGUUAAAUAAACUGUUUUUAACAAAAGAGCAAUCACCAAGGUCUAGCGAAGAAACUGUACUCAGAAUUUCCAAAAAAGCUAAACAAAUGAGGAUCAAUACACAGAAUAAUGUGGAUCUUGGACAGCCAAUAAAGAAUAAGAGAAUCUUCAAAGAAAAGUCAUCAGAAUUUGAUGUGAGAGCUUUCUGCAAACAGCUGAAACACAAAGCUAUUCAGGAGACCAACUUUAAAUGUUCUCAGUCCAAACUAAAGGCAACCAAACGUUCUUCUCAGAAAGCAACAGGAACUCCCUGUGCCAAAAGUUUUGUGCAAAGAUUUCGAGAGGCUGAGAGUUUCAUUCAACUUUCUGAAGAAAUCCAAACAGCAAUUUUGUGGUGCAGGAGCAAAAAACUCAAGGCGCAGGCCUCCUUUCUGGGUAACAAACUUCUUAAAAGUAACCGGCUUAAACAUGUGGAAGCUCAAGGCUACAGUUUGCCAAAGAAACUAGAAUGCAUAAAAACAUCUAUUUGCAACUGCCUUCUUCGUGGCUCAGGAAUCAAAACUUCAAAGCAUCAUGUGAGCCGAAGAAGAUCUCAGAAUAGAUUUUUACUGGAACAGAGGAAACUACAGAGAAAGUUGCAGUUGACUCUCUCAGAGGCCAUUCAGCCAUCCCCUCAAGGGACUCAGAAUGCUACAGAUAGUAGUAAAUGGAGACUCUCGCACUGUACAGUUCAUAAAACUGAUCUCUACCCUAACAGUAAUCAACUCUUGAGUAGCAGAGUUUCAAAUCCUGUUAUAAAAACUAAAGAGAAACAAAUUCAUGAAAACCUUAUAGGAAGCAAUGAAAAUGAAACUGAUUCAUGGACAGUGAUGCAGAUGAACAAACAUAAUACAUCAGGAACCAUUAAGGAGACAGAUGACAUUGAUGAUAUUUUUGCUCUAAUGGGACUUUAGAUGUUCAUUUGUGAGACAUUUAAGUGCUUAACAAACUGGUCCAGUGUCCUGCUGUUUUACACGGAACUGCUGAAAAAAAAUUUGGAAAGACUUGGAAGUACGACUUGGACUCAGAGAUGAGCUACCUUAGUGUAACGUUGUACGGCAGUUCAUUUCAGUUCAAUAAACAUUUAUAGUAGCUCUGUGUCAUUUAACUGACAAGUAUUUGAAUAUUAAAUAGUCAAAUUUUGAGUUGGACUUUGUACCAGGGGUUAAGAUGAAAAAAAUCUACCAUAUCCUAUCCUUGAAAAGCAGAUAUAAUUCCUUGAUUAAAGCUGUAAAACAGCUGUCCCUGAAAAACAGAGUAAUUUUAUGAUUUACCAGGGAAUUAAGAACUGAGUAAUUAGGUUUAUAAAAGCCCACUCUGUGCCUUAGGGUAUAUGGGGAGUCAGGUGGGGUGAGAAGUAUCAAGGAGUGCUUAAAAGGUCACUUUGGUCUUAACUGGCUUCAUUGUAGAUAAGCCCAUCUCUGAAAACCAAGACUUGUAGCUUCUGAUGGUUGUACUGUCUUGAUUAUAAAUUAGAAUUGAUCAUCACAAGGGUCUAAAAAAUUUUGCCACUGUGUUCUCAGGGGCUGGUCACUACCAUAUUUCACUUCAUUUGUUUACCUUAUCUCACAGGAGGGCAUAUUAAAAUGCUUUUGGAGUUCUCCAAAAA